CGAGCCACAAAUCCUCCAGCUGAGGGCGCAUCCUUUCUUCCUGCACCAACACCACCUCUACCGCUCCUCGAUUUUGCAGCGGCCCUCCACGACGUCGACGCCGCGAAGGUCGGCCUUCACUCCCUUUUGUCGCGGCACUACACGAGUCGCUUCGAAAGAAAUUUCCCGCCCAGCAAACCCCCGCCGCGAGUAGCCCGCACCCUCGAUACCCACCGCCAGCAUGAGUGCUCCCCAGGCCAACGACGCCGAAAAGAACAUUGAAAUCUGGAAGGUCAAGAAGCUCAUAAAGCGCCUCGAAGCCGCCCGUGGCAAUGGAACCAGCAUGAUCUCGCUCAUCAUCCCGCCGAAGGACCAGGUCUCUCGCGCGGCGAAGAUGUUGGCUGAAGAAUUCGGCACCGCUUCCAAUAUCAAAUCCCGCGUCAAUCGACUAUCCGUUCUCUCGGCUAUUACCUCCACUCAGCAGCGCCUGAAGCUCUACUCCAAAGUCCCUCCAAAUGGGCUCGUCGUGUACUGUGGUGAAAUCAUUACAAGCGAGGGCAAGGAACGAAAGAUCAACAUCGAUUUCGAGCCUUUCAAGCCAAUCAACACUUCCCUAUACCUAUGCGACAAUAAGUUCCAUACUGAAGCUCUAAGCGAACUGCUCGAGUCGGACCAGAAGUUUGGUUUCAUCAUCAUGGAUGGUAACGGAGCGCUGUUCGGCACACUGUCGGGGAAUACUCGGGAUGUCGUGCACAAGUUCUCCGUCGAUCUUCCCAAGAAGCACGGUCGUGGUGGGCAGUCUGCGCUGCGUUUCGCCCGUCUUCGUGAGGAGAAGCGUCACAACUAUGUCCGUAAAGUCUCCGAACUUGCGGUGCAGAACUUCAUUACCAACGACAAGGUUAACGUAGCUGGCCUGAUUCUCGCUGGUUCCGCCGAUUUCAAGAAUGACCUGAACCAGUCGGAUAUGUUUGACGGCCGUCUCCAAAGCAAAGUCAUCAAGGUUGUCGAUGUUUCGUACGGUGGUGAGAAUGGCUUCAACCAAGCCAUUGAGCUGUCAUCCGAAACGUUGAGCAACGUCAAGUUCAUUCAGGAGAAGAAGCUCAUCAACAAGUACUUUGAUGAGAUCUCUCAAGACUCCGGCAAGGUUUGCUACGGUGUAGACGAUACCUUGAAAGCUCUCGAAGCUGGUGCCGCUGAAACCCUGAUCGUCUUUGAGAAUCUCGAGAUCACUCGCUGGACCUUGAAGUCAUCAGAAGGCAGCGAAGUCAUCCUCCACACCAACAAGUUGCAGGAGUCCGAUCGAUCUCUGUUCAUGGACAAGGAAACCGGCCAGGAAAUGGAAGUCGCGGAACAGAUGCCGUUCUUGGAAUGGCUGGCAGAAAAAUAUCAGGACUUCGGUGCCACACUCGAGUUUGUCUCUGACCGUUCCUCCGAGGGCAAUCAGUUCGUCAAGGGCUUUGGUGGCAUUGGAGCUAUACUCCGCUACAAACUCAACUUUGAACAGCUCGCUGAUUACGAUGACGAAGAUGAAUUCUACGAUGAUUGACGGUGGAGCGCCCUCGCAAAGAGCGAGGCCGAACGCCCAGAGCUCCCCGCUUCGAGCACUGAGACGGCCCCUCGCUCCCAGCGUCCACAGGACGCACCCAGGUUCGGGGAAGAAGGCCAGUCGUGCUCUUCCCUUCGCCUCUCCAGGUUGUAAAGGG